GUAGAAGGACGAAGGAGAGGCAGUCACGCUGAAAGUAAUGGCUUUGGUCACCACAGUAAUCAUGGUAACCUCCCUGACCUGGUGCAACAGAGCAGCUCUCCCACAGCCACGCCCACCUCAGCUCUGCAGGAACUGAGCAACAUGGGGGAGUUCGGUUUCGACGGGACAAAAGCACCGUUUAGCCCUUUCGUUGACCCACGGGUUUUUCAAACAUCUUCGGGAGAAAACAGCAUGGAGAACUCAGCAGCAGCCCUGUUUGCCAGCGAGCUGCUGAGGCAGGAGCAGACCCAACUGAAUGAAGCCAGAAAAAUCUCAGUGGUGAACGUCAACCCGACCAACAUCCGGCCUCACAGCGACACACCAGAGAUCCGCAAAUACAAGAAACGCUUCAACUCUGAGAUCUUGUGUGCUGCACUCUGGGGCGUGAACCUUCUUGUCGGGACAGACAAUGGUUUGAUGCUGCUUGAUCGAAGUGGGCAGGGAAAAGUUUAUAAUCUGAUAACCAGAAGACGUUUCCUUCAAAUGGAUGUUUUGGAGGGACUCAAUGUGUUAGUCACCAUAUCUGGGAAAAAGAAUAAGCUGCGAGUUUACUACUUGUCCUGGUUGAGGAACAGAAUAUUACACAACGACCCAGAAGUGGAAAAGAGACAGGGUUGGGUCACUGUUGGAGAGCUAGAGAGCUGUGUGCAUUAUAAAGUUGUUAAAUAUGAGAGGAUUAAGUUCCUGGUGAUUGCACUUAAAAACUCAGUGGAAAUCUAUGCCUGGGCACCUAAACCUUACCACAAGUUUAUGGCCUUCAAGUCGUUCACUGAGUUGCAGCACCGUCCUCAACUGGUCGAUCUGACCGUAGAAGAAGGUCAAAGGUUAAAAGUCAUUUAUGGCUCCAAUGUGGGCUUCCAUGUCAUCGACGUGGACUCUGGCAAUCCUUACGACAUUUAUAUCCCCUCCCACAUGAAGAUCCAGAGCCAGGUGACGCCCCAUGCCAUUGUGGUGCUGCCCAGGACCGACGGGAUGGAGAUGCUGCUGUGUUACGAGGACGAGGGCGUCUACGUCAACACGUACGGCCGAAUCACCAAGGAUGUGGGGCUACAGUGGGGAGAGAUGCCUACCUCUGUUGCCUACAUCCAUUCAAACCAGAUUAUGGGCUGGGGGGAGAAGGCCAUAGAGAUCCGCUCCGUAGAGACGGGCCAUCUGGAUGGAGUCUUCAUGCACAAACGAGCCCAGAGACUGAAGUUUCUGUGUGAGCGGAACGACAAGGUGUUCUUCGCGUCGGUGCGUUCAGGAGGCAGCAGCCAAGUCUUCUUCAUGACGCUCAACAGAAACUCCAUGAUGAACUGGUGACGUGUCUCCUCGUCCCGCCUGCCUCACUCUUCUAACAGUCAGAAGACCUUCCGUUGGCCCACCGAACGUCAAACAAAAUGGACACGACCGACCGAGAGACUAAUACAGAGUAGAAGAAGAUUCUAGAUUAGGCCGGGUAAUGCAUAGGCCGUCGGAUGACUGGCGCUGACGUUCCAGAUACUCUCUUCUUCCAUCGUGGUGUGGAACACUUCCUGUUCUGUAGCUUCGUGUUGUUCCAGUUCUCCUUCUCAUGUGUGGGAACUGGAGAAGCAGCACUUUUGGAGUGUUCUGGACAUUUAAACCUACUAAACAGCAAGAUCUGAAUCUGCUGCUCUGCUUCUCCACAUCUCCUCCUCGCACCGACUAAACUCAACAGAGAUGCUCUCUUCUGUCCAGUGGAACAGUAUGCAAACCUUCGUCCCUUUAAACAAAAACAAAUAAAAAAUCACUGUUCCGUCAUGUAUUUGUUCUUAAGCUGGAAACAUACUCGCUCUGACGCCGACGGGUCGACGUGCGGUCACGUGGUUGUUAGGCAGUCGUUUUUGCACAGACCUUUCACAGUCCCUACGACACCCUGCGCCGAGCUUGGGGAAACCCCCCCUCCUGCUGAAACAUACGUCACUGUAUGGAAUUUCUCCCCGCAACAGCAAUGCAGCAAAAAAGUCACUCACCCGACGGAUUUAUCCACAUCUGUCCUGUUUAAAAAACUCCACAGUUUUUAUCAGUCAGAUUCCUCCGUGCACAAAGUCUGUUUAU